AUGGAGUACGACCUCACCUCGACGGUGCUGCGCUACACCGACCGGCAUCUGGGCUUCCCGCUGCUCAGCCACCUCGCCGGCACCGGCUGGUACAAGCAGCAGGACAUUGCAAAGGCCCAGUAUGAGCUGGCGCGCGGCACGUCCAUGGUGGACUACACGCUGCAGCUGCACGCCGAGGCCUUCCCCGGCGCCGCGCCGCCCGCCGAGCUCGAGACGCAGCGUGCCGAGGCCGUGACGCGCAACGAGCGCCUCGGCCGCGACGUCGAGACGGUGCUCAACGUCAUCGAGGACCCCAGCGUGGCGGCGGCGCUGAAGCAGGACAAGGCGCAGAACUUGAUCUGGCUGGAGGAGAACUACAAGCUCACCGAGAGCCAGAUCAACGCCCUCUACCACUACGGCUACUUCCACUUUGCCUGCGGCAACUACGGCGAGGCCUCGUCGUACCUCUACCACUUCCGCGUGCUCUCGACGGACCCGGCCCUGACGCUCUCGUCGCACUGGGGCAAGCUGGCGUCGGACGUGCUGACGGGCUCGUGGGACGAUGCCCUGUCGGAGCUGAACCUGCUGCGCGAGGCGCUCGACUCGGGCGUGUACACCGACGGCGGGCACGAGGGCGCGCUGCGCCGCCGCACCUGGCUGCUGCACUGGUCGCUCUUUGUCUUCUUCAACCACCCCGAGGGCCGCGUGGGCCUCGUCGAGAUGUUCCUGGCGCCCGCCUACCUCAACACGCUGCAGACGUCGGCCUGGUGGCUGCUGCGCUACCUUGUCGCCGCCAUCAUCAUGACGCGCCGCUCGGUGCGCACGUACGCCGUCACGGGUGCCAACGGGCCCAGCAAGGUCAGCCCGGCGGCGGCACUGCGCGACGUGGCGCGCAUCAUCAGCCAGGAGGAGCACCGCAUGCAGCCCGACCCGCUCGUCGGCUUCGUCAAGCAGCUCUACGCCGACUUUGACUUUGAGGCGGCGCAGGAGCAGCUCAAGCUGGCAGAGGGUGUGGCCGGCGAGGACUUCUUCCUGCAGGAGCACGCCGCCGACUUUGUCGAGGCUGCCCGGUAUCUCGUCUCGGAGGCGUACUGCCGCAUCCACCAGCGCGUCGACAUUGCGGACCUCUCGGCACGGCUGAACAUGUCCAAGGAGGACGGCGAGAAGUGGAUCGUGAACCUGAUCCGCGACACGCGCGCCGAUGCCAAGAUCGACUUCAAGGAGAACAUGGUGCACAUGAACCAGACCCACCCGCCCGUCUACCAAUCAGUGAUCGAGAAGACGCGCGGCUUCAGCUUCCGCACGGCAGCGAUGGGCCAAGCCAUCGACCGCAAGGCGCACCCGCCGGCGAGCGGCGACGGCGGCGCCGGCGGCGGCCGUGGCGGGCGGGGCGGCGCUCGCGGCGGGCGCGGCGGCGGACGGGGCGGCAGCACAGGACGCGGCGGCGGCCGGAGUGGCGGCCGCGAGGAGGGCGAGGGCGCGCAGAGCGAGAUCGCGGCCUGA